CAAUAAAGAACGCAGCAUUUGUCGGCGGUGACAUAAAACGAAGCAGAAGCGUUCGAUCGGAGAGUUUGAAGAUGUCAGGUGUCACCAACAACAACGAGGAAGACAAGAAGCCAAGCGAACAAGGCGCACACAUCAACCUCAAGGUCAAGGGCCAGGAUGGGAAUGAAGUUUUCUUCAGGAUCAAGAGAAGCACUCAACUGAAAAAGCUUAUGAAUGCAUACUGUGAUCGACAAUCAGUGGAUUUUAACUCCAUAGCUUUUCUGUUUGAUGGGCGUCGCCUCCGAGCUGAGCAGACUCCCGAUGAGCUGGAAAUGGAGGAUGGGGAUGAAAUAGAUGCCAUGCUUCAUCAGACCGGAGGUGCUGUGGUCUGAAGGAUGUGAUCUACCUUUGUCUUGCACUAUAUGAGUAGAGUUAGUUUAACCUAGGUCUAGGCUAAUGCAUAAGAUGCAUCUUCUAUUAUCUACUUUUAUACAGCAGUUGCCGCUGGACUUUGAAGGCGUAAUGCUUCCUUUGUCAAUAUGAUUGUGAGUGAAUUAUUAUUUCUACCUGUGAAAGCCUAUAUCCAUUUGUCUUAAGUUGCCUUCAUUAGAGUGUGAUAUAUAUCUCAACUCUGAAGCAUGUAUUGGAUAUUUAGCUAAUGUCCUCAGGGCUUAAAGGGAUUAUACUUAGACACGUGUGAAUGGGCAUGCGAUUUUUUAUUUCAAUGGGUACAAAUUAGCCAGGAUUCUGAUAAUAUUAUCAAGGGGCAUCGUUGUCUAUAAAGAUCAAGAUAUGGUUAGAACUCAGUCUUAUUUAUUUAAGAAUAACAAGAUAUGGUUAUAUUGAAGAGGGAAAGACAUGAAAAGAAAAAUUAGAUGACUAAUCAUGCUCGUCAUUUUACCCUUCUCUUUUAAUGUGACUCUAUUUAAUAAACCAUCUUGUUACAGUAGAGCAAAGUAAGUUAAUUUGUGCAUGUAUCUUGUGGAAGACCAAGGCUUUCAAGAGCUAGAUCAAGCGUCAAGUGCCAUCUCUCUCUCUCCCUCCCUCCCUCCCUCUCUCUCUCUCUCUCUCUAGUUCUGACCUUGAUCAUUGGUUAUGGGAGGUGGACUCAAGUUGGUCUAUGAUGGUACUUGUAAUGGAAACAGAUCAAUUGCCAAACUGCUGUUAUCAUACUUGCACCUUUCAGUACCUAAAGAUUUAUUUUGGAGAAAUUUUCUGGUCUUACGGUGGAGUUGGAAUCACUUAAACAAAUUGGUUUUGCCAAAUCAAACAGGUGAAUUCUUUGGGCAAGGUUAUGCUACUCAUCCACAAAUACCAAGCCCACGCAUAGCAUGUGCUAUCUCGUUUCAUUUAUGGACCCGUGCACGACUUUAUUCUUUACUUUCCUUCAUUAAAUUGUGAACUUUGACUUUACAUUUAAGAACGCAUUUCACUAAAAUGGUUCAACAUCAAGCAAACUAAACACUUGUUCAAAACAGUAAGUGUUUUUUAUUGUGAUCAGCAGUGAAACAUUGCUCUGACGUUAACAAAAGAUGAAUCAUUAGCAACUCCCAAAAAGGUGACGAUCGAAUAUUAUAUUUGCCUUAGCUAUGGCAGUAAAGACAUCCUGAUCUGUUUGCAGAUGAUUAUCUCACCUUGAGAAUGUUAGUAUAUGAUUUU